AUGCCAGGCUACCUAGAGCCAACAUGCACCUUGCGGCAGCGGCGGCGGCAGACGAGGGAUCAUGGGGAGGAUAGGAUCAGGGAGCAGCUCCGGGCCGGCUCCGAGCAGCCGUCGCCAUCCAGCUCCUACGACACGGCCUGGGUCGCCACGGUGCCGGCGCAGGGUGCUCCUCGUACACCGCGCUUCCCACGGUUUGUGGAGUGGAUCAUGCAGAACCAACACGACGAUGGCUCCUGGGGCCUCGGCGGCGGCGACCUCCAUCUUUCUUCGCUCGGCAAGGACGCCAUCUCCUCCACGUUGGUGUGCGUUCUGGCGCGCAAGACAUGGAACGUCGGCGACGAGCACGUCAGGAAUGUCGCAGUUGACGACUUCUUUGACGGCGGAGGAUCAACAGAGGAACAAGAAAACCUUAUCGGGUUAAUUGAGAGAGAUUCUAUUUCGCGCUGUUUACAACACGAUGAGCCAGAUCGGAGCAAACGCUGUGGAGGUGCAGGUCAUUUGUCGAAAGUUGCUAAUUUUCAAUUGAGUGAAAAUAAAUGUAUGUUUCACUCAACAGUAACCAUUAAAUGAAGAUAACGGUUGACAAAAAACUGGUUGCAAGUGAAUAUUAUUUUCUAUAGUAAGGACAUAUAUAAUUUUUUAGUGAAUGUCAGAUAAAUAUUUCUAAUUGAAUACAGGUCAAAAGACAGAUGUACGAUCGAACGGACAACGUGUCGAGUCAAACAAAAACCCUGAUGUGUCGAGUCAAAUAAAAGCCCUGAUUUCAGUCAAUUGAAGUCUAGUAAAUCCGUUGUCGUAUUCCUCAAAUUGUAAGGCUGACUUCUAUAUGAGCAUCCAUUUCAGUACUUUCCGGUGGCAUGAAUUGUUGUAUCAACGCUUUCUGUCGCAAUUCUCCUGCACGUACAGUGGAUUGACUACUUGAGGUCCAACAUGAUCGAGGCCGAGUGGACGAGGAAAGGGUAUGUGCCGACCAUGGAAGAGUACAAGCCAGUUGCGGAGGUGAGCCCUGCAUAAUCAGGUCCCAUCGUCGCUGUGCCAUUGUUCUUGGCCGGACCAGAGCUCUCAGAAGACAUGAUUACCCAUCAAGCAGACAAGGACAUGCUCAAGCAUACCGUCCCUCU